AUGUAUAAAAUCUUUUGUUUGAAACAUCUACAUAGUGUUUCUGUUAAAUAUUUAAGGACAUUCAGUGAUUUUGUAAAGGUAGUUGAAGUUGGAGCCAGAGAUGGACUACAGAAUGAGAAAAAAAUCGUGUCAACUGAGAUUAAAGUAGAAUUUAUUAAUAAAUUAUCGGAAACUGGAUUAAAGAAUAUAGAAGUAACAAGUUUUGUGUCUCCAAAAUGGGUUCCACAAAUGGCAGACAAUGCUGAUGUUUUUCGAAUGAUCAAGAAAAAACCUAAUGUUUCAUAUCCUGUAUUGGUGCCCAACUUGAAAGGCUUAGAAAGUGCUUUGAAAGUAGGUGUAAAGGAGAUAGCUGUUUUUGGUGCUGCAUCUGAGGCUUUUUCAAAGAAGAAUAUUAACUGUUCUAUUGCUGAUAGUAUGAAGAAGAUUAAAGCAAUUGUAGAAGAAACUAAGAAACAUGAUGUUAAAGUCAGAGGCUAUGUGUCCUGCAUUGCUGGCUGUCCUUACGAGGGUGGAGUCAAACCCACAGUGGUAGCUAAUCUAUCAGAAUUCAUGUUACAACAUGGAUGCUAUGAAAUUUCUUUAGGAGAUACUAUUGGUGUAGGAUCUCCUAACAAAAUAAAGGAUGUAUUACACGAAUUAAAGCAUGUAUCAACUGAUAUGAGUAAAUUUAGUCUUCACUGUCACGAUACUUAUGGACAAGCUUUGGUGAACAUUUAUACUAGUCUUGAAUGUGGUAUAAGGGUGUUUGAUUCAUCAGUUGGUGGACUGGGAGGUUGUCCAUAUGCAGCUGGUGCUUCUGGAAAUAUUGCCACUGAAGACUUGCUGUACCUUCUGCAUGGACAAGGUUUAGAGACUGGAGUAAACCUCAAUGAAAUAAUAAAAAUUGGGGAUUUUAUUAGCAUUCAACUGCAGAGGAAGAAUCAAUCUAAGGCAGGUGUUGCAAUUCUAACAAAGGAACACUUGAAAAAGUACGUGUAAUAGUACGUAUGAGAGGAAUAUUGAUAAUAUUAUUUAAUAGAAUUCUAU